AUUUUUAUCACGUUAGUUAGUAGAAAUUGAAGAACGACUAGGUAAUAGCCAUUAGUAUUUGGUGUGCCUCGAUAUAAAAGCAAGUUCUCGGAGUUAGAAAACAACAUAAGCAAAAUGAAUACCACAAAAGUCAUACGAGAACUCGCUAUCCUGCUGCUGCUCACCGCCAGCUCAAGCCCGCUUGUGCAUUCGCUGCGCGCCACACCACUGCACUUCGGUGUAGCUCGUAAUGCGGACGGUGAUGGUAAACUAGUAAUCUAUGCACAGGAUGAACAACCGACCAUACAGGAACCGCGUCUCGAUGUGAGCGCACAAUCUAGUGAAAGCGCCAAGGACACAACAACGACACAAGAAAGCGAACUGGAGAAGGACAGCCGCAAAUUGCCCGACUAUCUGUACUCGAAUGCUAUGCCCGUUAUGGAUGAUGAGAGCAUAAAAUUUAUGCUACCAAGUAUCGGUUAUCCCAUUUAUACUGGUCCAACACCAAAUACAGCCGCCAUACUGGACAAUCGUCUGACAUCGAAUGAUAUGCGUCGUAAUUACCCUUACUAUGAGACUGCUUUUCAACGUUGGGCGCUAGCUGAUCGCUUACAACUCGGCUUCAAUUUGAACGGUAAUGCUGGUUUAAAUUUAUUAUCGCCUGCUACUAAAUUGCCAAAUGGUGCCAUGAAUCAAGAAAAUCCUGGUCUACAGCCACCCGCUGCCAUAUUGCCUGUGGCUGUGGUGGGACCACCAGGUCCACCCGGACCACCUGGACCGCCAGGCCCACGCGGACUAACCGGUGCAACAGGACCCAUGGGUAGGCCAGGUCCUCAGGGACGUACUGGCCCAACUGGGCCAUCAGGUCCUCCAGGACAGCAAAUAUCUCAUGGUUUAAAUCAGAAUCCAAACAUUUGGUACGCAUCUAAUGCUAAACCUUUGCUACCGUUAUAUCAGAAUGAAAGUUAGCUUCAUAAGCAUUGGCAACAGUGAGAAAAAGACACUCAGUAAAUACAUGCAUAAAUAAGUAAUUUGAAAAC